CAUAAGCGUAUUGAUUUCGGGAAAUCCCCGGUCAUGUGCAUAUGUCGUAACAUUUCCAUGAAAGGCAACUUUCGUUAUUCAAUGGUUGUUACCAUGAAUUAGACACUGGAAAACUCUGAAAUGCCUAACUAUUUAACUGCAGAGGAAAUACAAGAGUUAUACGAGAGAUGCGCAGAUUUCGCAGAAGAAACCGACUGCAGAUAUGCACCGAUAUACCAAAUGUGGCGCGACAAACCCGAUCAUUACUGGAGAGAUAUCUUUCAGAACAAAAGAGGCGCCAUGAUUCCUUACAUUAAAGAUUUCAAUGGCGACCAGAGGUCCGCCAUUAACGGGAAUAUUAAGGGUCUGUUUUUUGGAUGCGCGUUAGAUCGCUGGAGAUUACAACCGCCAUUUUUCUCCUACUUUGGAAAUCAACGUCUGCUAGUUGAUUCGGAUCUUGUCUUGAACCAAUCGAAAAAUUUGUAUUUUGCGGAUUUUUACUGUCACUAUCAAUAUCACUACGCGACCUUAGUCGUGACGAAUCCGGGGUCAAAGCAGGACCGAUUUUGCCAGGAACACGACCUUUAUGAACUCGACAUUUUCGAUAACCCUUUUCUGUACCUUGGCGAAUCUAGGGGAUACGGACCAAAUCCAGUGUACGUUACCCUUGGGGUCAGAGUAGAAAUAUUUGUUACCAAUAGAAUGAACAUUUAUCAUUUGUUUAACAGCAGAAAAGGGCGAUUGAUAAAUGUGCAGCCCCGCGGUCGAGGUCACAGUCAUAAGAAUGGAAUCCCCAAAAAAGAAGUGUGCGACAUCUGCAACCUAAACCCUGCGUCAUACAGUAGGAGAAUGGGGUAUUUCUGGUAUUAAUGCUCUAAAGGUUUUGUCAGGGCAAUCUUAACCCUGUAUCUUUCAAUAGAAGGAUGGAUAAUUUCUGAUAUUGCAGAUGGACUCUGUUAUCUUAAGUUUUGUGCUAAAAAUUAAUCUUCCCUUUUAAAAAAAAUUAUGAAAAAUAAAUGGAGGGAUAUGAAGUGUAAAAUGGGUCAAAAAUAUUUUAUGAAAGGAGGGGGGGAUAAAAUGAAAUGUCUAAGAUGAAUGCACUUUCAUCAGGGAGUACUGUAUGUCAAAUACAUACAGGAAGUUUUUAUUAAUUGAAUAAUUCUAUAAUAUUUCUUUCAAAGAAAUAUCAGAAACAGUUAAUCCAAAAAUUACUUUUAAAAAUAUGGGCAGUAAAUUAAAGAUUUCAGAGUGAAAUCGUCAUCCAAAUC